GUUAAUGAAGCAAGACACAUACGUUUUUUGAAUAAAGCUUAGUACGAAACUAUGUAGUGUACUGUAAUCUUCAAAAUACAAUUUAUUGCCCAAAAUUUAAUUUUAAAUGAAAUCAUUUACAUCGUUUAUGUAACAAAUAUAAAGUAUUUAAAUAUUUUUAUUUUUGAAGAUUUAUCUAAUUUACAAUGCAUAUAUCAUUAUAUAAAUCAAGUUAUAAGUUAUAAAAAAAUAUUUUGCAUCCGAAUAUUGUAGCUGCAAUAAACAAACGAUAAUUUUUAUUUAAGGUACGUAAAGUUAUCAACCAAUAACUCCAAAAAUUAGAUUUCAUAAGGGUAAAUCCCUUUUUAAAUUAUCACAACUUUCCAAUCUAAUUUGUAUGAUUUUUAAAAUAUGAUCUUGAUUAAAUUAUCUUUUUUUUUUUAAAUUUCAGUUAGAUAAUUUAUUUUUUUGGGAUUUUUAUUUAAGAGUAGAUUGAAAGAGAUACACGGAUUUUUUUUAAAUAGCUAUGUUUACAUCAUUAAUUAAACUUUAAAUAAUUGAUAUGUGAAUGUAUAAUACCUAAAUUAAUUUGAAAUCAUUAAAUAAAAUGUGUCUUGUCAAGUCAAUAAAUUAGAGGUUUAUACUAAACAAUAAAAAAAGAGCUGAUAUUGGGGUUACUGUAGUAGGUGGAAAGUUGGGAAGUUAUAGCAUAGACAACAUUUUUUGUAUCCAAAGAUAAACUAUUGCUAAUGAAAACCGAUUCGGAACAAGGUUUGGUAAGACAAUUUUUGAAAUGCAGUAAUUUUUACGAUUUUCAUCAGAAUUUGAUCUUAAAACGCGUAUGAAAAAAAAACUAAUGCAUUAAACUCAAAUAUGUUUUUAAGACCAUAAAAUAUAACUUUUAAUGUUCUUUGUGUUAAAUUUUCGAACAUUUCUCUUAAAUUACAUAAUUUUAAUAACAAUAUACCUUCCAAAGAAAAAUACAUACAAAAACACGAAUGCUCGUUUUUUAAGAAAAAUAGAUAGAAUGUUUUAAAAAUGUACUACAUCUACUAAAGGCCAAUAUAAGUAUUUUGUGAAUAAUACAAGUCUCAAUAUUCAUUUUUAACUGAAUACCAAUAAAAAACCGAAAUUCCAUACACUUUACUGUAUUUCCUACGUUUUUUCCCGGUUGUUCGUAAUUAUUAUGAAAAAUAUACGGAAAAUCAAACACUAAACAAAAUUUCUUUUCAGAAAAUAUGUUUCAAUAUGCAAAAUAUUCUUGAAAUUUGAAUCAAGAUUUCUGGUGGAAAAGUAUAAUCCUAAACAUUUUAAACAAUAAAAUCGUUGUGCUAUAAUUUUUAAAAAAAUACUAAUAGUAGUAGGUAAAUAUAAAAUAAAUAUUUUUUUGAUCCGUCGGGGCUUUUUUUUCUUUAUGUGAUUUUUGGUCAGGGGCUUUUUUUCCCAAUAGCAUUAUUAGCCAUUAUUUCGUACAUAAGUUUAUUACGAAUUUCAGUAUCAAGCAUUGAAAACUGCCAGCACAAACGCUGAAAACUACUGAAAACCUGCAGUGCCUUAUGAGUACUAUCAUGGUCGUUUUUCCAAGUUUUUAAAUUUUUUUUAUGAUAUAAUUAUCAUGGCUCUAUCAUUCCCCGAAAACAGAAUAAGUUAAUAACAUAGACCAUGGUUGCAGAGUACAAACAAUAAUCGUAUAGACAAUCACAGUAUAAUUAUUAUAAUCAAUAGUAUGUAUGUUGAUGAUAAUUACAAUAUACCUAAUUUCUUAUCGAUCUCUUAACAAGCUUUGAAAAAAUUUAAUUAACUAGGUAUCAUGAUAUAAGAUAGAUAGAAAUUUAGAUAUCAACUCAUAAAACACAAUCCUAAAACAUGGCAACAUGGUAAACAGUUACAGGAUAAUUAAUCAGCUAUUAAACUAAUAAAUAAUAUUCAGUAUCGCAACUACCGAUGAGGAUGGGAGUGUCGAUCACUGGAGCCCAGACUGCAGGGGUUUCAGCCCAACUAAUAAUAGUCUAUUUACGUAUUUGAUAACUUAUAACAAAAUCAUAUAUUAAUAAAUGAUUCAAAUUUUACAAAAUAUGGAUAACAAAUAAUUAAUACAUUAUUAACAAUAAAUUAUAAUAUAAUGGGCAAUGGGCAUAUUAUUAUGUUAAAAUUACGAUGCAAAAAAUGAUUGUACAUUAUCUAGUGUCUAGUAUCCGUAUUUCAGCAUUGAUGUGUUUUGAAUUAUUGUAUUAUUAUUCUAUAAAUAUAAAAUAACGUAAAGUCAUAUAUACGUACAGUGUAUUACUGUAAUGUGUAGACUAUAGGCUUUAGAUAGGUGUUGUGUGGUAGUGGUUAAUGGCUAUAGCAAUAGCAAGACGUGUGUACUGUGUUAUUGUUUGUAUCAUGGCUAAAUAUGCAGGUAUGAUCACAAUUGUUUAUUCCAUAGCUUUCCAUGGAGAGAAAACUCAGCUGGCAGUUAUAUUUAUUACUAGUGAGAUUGAAAUAAGACGGGAAUUACUGCUAGUGACGGUCAUUGCACCUACGUAUCAUAAAGUUAUGAUACAUCUAUAUAUUUAGCCACGGUUUGUACUAGAAAUGCUAUAAAUUGAAAAUCGAAAAUGAUCUCCUCGGUGCACUAACAGAUAAAAAAACGCUUUUAAAAAGGUCUCUUGUGAUUUUUCAAUUGGUAAUCUAUAUGUAUAUGUUAAUAAAAUAUAUUAUCUAAGAUUGGUGCUUGCUAAAUAAUAUAUUUUUUUGAUUCUAUACAUAAUAUAUUAUAAUACCUUAAACAAUUUGACCUUGAUUUCAUAAAUUUAUAAAUAUAUACAAUGGUGUACAUAUUUUUCAAAAUGUGUUCACUUUAAAUAAAAAGAAACUAACAAAACUAGUCUAAUAUAUAUUAUUUAUAAAAUGUAUAAUCCAUUCUGGAAAAGUCAAGAAAAAUUCAUAAUAUAAUAGUGGCAACUAUGAAUGGUAUUAUAUAAUAUUAUUUUUAAAUUCUUCUUCUCUUAAAAAAAAAAAAAACGACCAAACAAAAAUAAAACAAUUUUUCUGUUAAAAUAGAGAUACCCACCUACAUUAAUUUAAUUUUUGACAAACGAUUUAUUCGAUAGUCCUAAAUAAUUAAAGUUUAUUUAAAGAAUUAUAAAAAAAAAAUUUAAAAAUAAAUGUAUAAAGUUGAAUAAUUUUAAGAUCUACUCCUCCGGUCAAAACUAUAAAUUUUAAUAAAUGAGUCGUAUUUUAUGAGAUUUAUUUAUUUUAAACAUUUUAAAAAAAUAACUUGUUGUGGAAUUUAAAUUCAAAAUUAUAAAUUGUUAAAAGUUAUAUUAAUAAAAUAUAAAAAUAAUAAUGAAUUAUUAAUAAAUAUUUGAGAAAAAAGUCAAAUUGUAAAAACUGUACGUUGGAAGUUUUCAUUUUAAUUAAAUUAAAAUUUACGCAAUGUCCUAUAGUUUUAUAAUGUAGUAAAUGGAUUAUUAUAUGUACAAACAUAUUAAUAGGUAAUUACACCCUUUAACACCGGCCUGUCUGUGGAGGCACUAUGCAAGAGAUGGCAUAAAACUAGCGUUAAAACCAAAAACUCGUUUCGAAAUACUGUUAAAAAAAAAAAACUAAAUUUAGCCUCUGUUGAAAUGGUAUUCAUUUGAAUAUAAUACACUGAAAUUAAACUUAUAAGUAUAAAGUAUAGUUAUACUUAUAAAGUAUAACGUAUAUUAUCAUAAUAUAUAUAUAUAUAUAUAAAAACGAGGCUUUUUUAUGUUCCAAUUUUGUGAUGACACUAUUUAACUUUUUUCCAAUUUUUUUUUACAUAGUGGUACCAAAUACUAAUUCAUGUUUUUGUGUUUUUAUUCACUCAUUCAAUAUUCAUCAUGUCGCCUGAUUUUUCAUUUUUUUUUUUUUUUGUUUGAAGAGAAGAAGAGGGGGGAUGUAUUUAAAGGUUACGGUUUUCCAGCGUGCCAUUUAAAUAAUUUAACGAUUUAUUUUACAAAGUUGUACCAAAUACUCCUACGAGUGACCUAUUGUUUACAAUUUUAUUUUAUUCGUCGUUAUAAUCGUUUAUGCACUCUGUCGUAAAUAAAUACUGGUCAAAAACACCAAUAAAUAAAACUAAUAAUAAAACUCUAUGGGUUGGUAUGCAAACAACACUCAAACGUGAAAUUUGAAUUCUUCUAGGAAAAUUGGGAAAACGGUACAAUAUUAACAAAUAUUAUUAAAGAAAAUAUAUUAUUCCUAUUUAAUUAUUUUAUCAUAAAAUAACAUGUAUGUUGUUGACAAAGCAUCAUUAUCAACUGAACUGCGCUCAGAAUCGAUUUAUCGUUAGCAAUGGUUUAUCGUUGCUUACAGAUAUACAUUAAAUUACCUAUAAUAGUGGCUGCACCCGUCUCCAUUAUCCUAGGAUGUCUUUUUAUUUUUAUACAUUUUUAGAUUCUGAGCGAAGAGAGUAAUGCACAUCCAUAAUGUUGGCUCACCCACUUCAUCCGAUUUCUUGUGUCAAAAUGUUGCGAGUUAUUUGCGAGAAUUUGCGAGUCCAUUCCCAAUCAGUUGAAAUGGGUGAGCUACUUGAAGUUGGCCCACCUUCCUGUGGAGGGCGUUAAUGCUACUCGCAAAUAACUUGCAAAAUGUUGACGUCGGUUUCGAAGAAAUUUGAUGAAGUGGGUGAGUCAACUUUAUGAACUUGAGGAAUGUAUUGGUUUUUCUAUGAUGUGUUUUGGUGUAUCUGCUGCACUUAUACAAUUUGUUUUGUUUGUUUUAAUUCAUAUGUUAUUAACAUGGUAACCCAUAAAUGAACAAAAAUUAUUAGAUGUUUAAUUUGAAAAUGUUGUUGAUUCUGUGUCCACAUCCAACCCCCCCCAUAAGGUUUGCUUAUCAACUAGAUGCAAAUUCAACAAAAAUACCUCUUGUAAUUUUCUAUAAGAAAAAUAUUUCUGGUAGAAAACAUAAAGCGUGCAAAAAAAUAAUAAAUUCGUAACGCCUCUUAAAUUUGUUUGCUUUCACUUUACAUCUUUUCCGUUUUUUUCUAAUAUUGAAAACUGCUGGAAAUAUCAAAAAAUGAAUGCAACUACCUUAGCAACUAGAUCAAAAAAAUCUAGUAACGAUAAAGAUAAGUAGUUUUUUUGAAUAGAAGAUAUUGUAUUAAUUGGAUAGCCUAUUAUUUAGUUAUCAAUAGCUGACGUGAUAAUGAUAAACCAUUGCUUAACGAAGGACGAUUCCGAACGCAGUUCUGUAAUACAUAAUUUGAAUUGUAAUUUUUUUUGAGAUUUUUUUUUAAAAUUUGAUUUCAAAACGCUAUUAAAAAAAAACCGUCUGAUGAUUUUGGAAAUUUUACCAUGUAUAGGUAAAUCCUAUAAGUAUUAUUACUAAGUUUCAAGUUUGUACGUGUAUUUAUAACCGAAUUAUAGCAAAAAAAACAACAAAUUUAAGUUUUUCAAAAGCUCAAAAGUUUUGGCGAUGAUACUAUAAAAAAGUAAAUAAAAAAGGUAACAAAAAAAUUUUCGUGUGAUUUCUUGAUUAAAUCAUUUUUUCUGGUAGAAAACAUCGUCCGUGUAUUUAUAAAAUAAUAAAAUCGUGAAAUUGUACGUUUUCCUACGUUUUUUUCCUACUUCAGUGAUUUAUUUAAAAAAUAGCUUCGAAAAUCAAAAAAUAACCUGUCUAAAGUACGAUUUAGACAAGCUGAGAUUUCAGAAAAAUUGUUAUACGUAAAAAUCGGAGCAACUUUACUAGGAAACAAUGUGUCUACAGACUAGAAGAAAGAAAAAAAAGAAAUAAACAUCUUAGUAACACUAAUAGCUCUUUCGCUACACUCGGAAUCUAAAAACAACUUUUAUACUCCCUAAAGACAAAUACUUAAAAUCACUAUUUCUAAAAUUUAAUAGCAGAAGGAAAACGAAAAUAAAUUGACAAUUGCAGAAAAUGUAUCACCUAUGGUGAGUGCCACACAUUUUUAUCAAACAUUAAAUUUAUAAUAUUUUCAUAUAAUUCUUUCUUAACAACUAAUAUAUAUAUUGUGAAUUCUCGAAAGUGAAAAAAUGUUCAAAAUUAGACGCAACUAAUUAAUGAUCAAUAACAAAACGAAUUGGUAUGCUAAUGAAAAUCAAAUAUUAUCUCUGUUAUAAACUUACCGAGAAUAACCAAUCAGUUGUUGUUCAUCGUAGACUUAUGCAAAAAAAGCAAAUCAAAACAUUUGUUAAAUAUCCUUAUCAAAAUGCAUUAAAAAAAAAUAUUUAAUUAUAACUAAGGGCUAAGAUAAGAGUCUACCAAGAAAAAGUCGCAUUAAAACAGAAUGAUUCUACUUAAAUACAAUCACAGUGAAUACCUACUUAUACAUAUUCACAAAAUAUGUAUGUAUUAUAGUAAUCAUUAAAACAUGAAAUGGUUUUGACUGCAUAUUUUAACAUUCUAUACUUAAAUAAAAUAAUAAGUAUAUUGUAAAUUAUACACAGUAAUAUAUUAUAAAUACUUGUAGAUAUGGAUAGCUUGUAAGUUAGAUUAGGUUUGUUUAAAAACAAUAUUAUUUAUUAUUAUUAUUAAGUCUUUUAGUAUCGUAUUAUUUAAAUUAAUUUUAUAGAAAUAUUGUUGUGUAACAUCUUUAAUUAUAUUUCAAUAUAUUUUUAAUAUCUUUCCUAAUAUAUCUAUAUUUUUAUAUCUUUCCUUAUACUUUCUGUAAUACAAUAGUACAUGAGAUUCAAUUUUAAUAAUUAUUUAUUAAAAUUAACAUAUAUUAUUUGAAUUUCAACCAUUUAAAUUUACGAACAUGAGUUUUUUAUAUGUUUCAUAUUGUUAUUUUAUAUUUGUUUUUAUUUCUAAAGCAAGAUCACACCAUUCGUGAUAUUGAUUAUCAGUGUAUUAGAGCUAAACGUCUGGGAAUUUCGUCAGAUUAGUAAUUCUCUAGUAAGAUUGGUGGUCGUGUCAUUCAUAAUUGAAGUUGGUUUUAUCGGUGUCUUUACAUACAUUUUGCAAUUUGAAACGUUGGCCUGGGCACAGUUCUCUUCAUAUGGGUGAGAUAAUUUAUGUUAACUCUAUCAUUUCUACCCAAAAAUAUUUCUAACAAGUAAUUAUAAUAUGAUUUUUUUAUUUUGAAUUUUAUUUAAUUUAUUUUGAAUAAUAUAUAAUAUUAGUAUACGUAGAGGUAUGUAACAAUUGUAUACAACAAAUGUAUACAAUUAAGUUGUUAUUAAAUUAAUUAAUAUCCUAAAGUAAUUUUUUCCAUCAAAUAUUUAAAGUAUUAUAUACAUCUGGCAAAUAAAGACACAGUGAAAUAAUAAUAAUAGUGUUAAAAUAUUAUAAUAUUAUAACUAGGGCCGGCAUAAUUAUAGCCAAAAAAUCGAUUAAAUUAUGGAUGCAGUUAUACCGUAUAAAUUACCAAAAUAGGUACGCAAACAAAUUUGCUCUAAAAAAAAUAAAAAUAAAUCGAUCGACUUAACGCACUGAAUGAGUAUGCACCAUAAUUGAUGACUUAAAUAAAAUCAAAGUCGUGCAUUAUUAUAGGUGUAAUAAAAUAUAUAGACAAGACAUUCUAAUUUGACUUUAUCGAUGUAUAAAUAAAUUCAAUAGAUAAUCUAUAACAACUUAUUUAAGUGAAAUACAUUAAUGAAUUAAUAUCGAAAAAAACAGAUUCCUAGCUUGCAUGCUGUAUGAUGAUAUACAUUUUUUGAUUCCUGUAUCGUCAUGAUAAAAAAUUUCUUACAAAUGUUCGAAAUCCUUGAAAUAUGGCAACAUGUAUUCAAAAAGCCAUAAAUAGAUGGAGUAUUAGUUAAAAUAAAUGUUAGUGUUGAAACUUUUGAUAUCUGUCAUGCCAUUGACGAGAUAUUUCAAUAUUAAGUUUAAGUUGAGAGAUAAUAAUGGAGUAUCAUUUCUGUGGCGGUACGGUGCGCGACGUUUGAAUAAUGCACCACUACUCUCUCCCAACCUAAACUUAAUAUUGGAUUAUCUCGUCAACGGAUUGAUGGAAAUACAAAAUGUCAACACUCAAUUUUAUUUUAACCAAUAUACCGUCUAUUUAUGGAAUUUCUAAUAAAGUUUGCCAUUUGAAAAUCAAAAGUAGGUAGAGUGGUUUUACCUCCAAAAAUAAGGGAGACAAAAAAUAACAUAAAAAUAAAAUUGUAGAGCAGUUUGUUUCUCAAAUUUUCUAGAAAACAAAUUCCAGAAAAAAGUAAUAGAGAUAACGAGUGUACUUACUUGAAUGGAUCAUCCGAUAGAAAUUUGAAAAUAUUUUCAAUAUGUGGUUAAUGAAAUAUUUAUGCUAAAUUCAUAGGUUUAUUUGGCCGGCUAUUUGUCCAGCUGUACUAGUGCCAAGUUUGUUGCAAUUAAAACGUAUGGGUUAUGGUGAAGAAAGCGGUGUAAUAAACCUAUUGGUUGCUGCAUCGUGUAUAUUGGAAGUAUUAACAAAUAUGACAGAUGGAUUUUUAGAAUGCUUGAGUGUUUUUAAUGGCAAGUUUUUUUUAUAUGUUACUUAUCUACAUAUAUAUGUAUAAUAAUUUUGAUAUGUAUGGAAGAUGAUGCUCAACUUUUUAUACUGAUUGUUAAAUUUUUCUCAAAAACUAAAUUAUGUAUACUAUUGAUAGUACGUACUAUGGAUAUUUUACGGAUAUUGUUCAGAUUUUUCAAUAAGUUGAUUGAUUUAUAAAUAAUUUCCUUUUGUAGUAUUAUACCUAUCAUAUUUGUGGAAUUUAAGUUAUAUGACGUGUCAAAUAGAUAUAUUUUUGUUGUUUUAAAUCAAUUAUAAAUGUGGGCAAAUUAUGAAUUAAGGUUAGGCGUUUGUGUUUUUAAAUUAAACUGUAACAGUUUUAUAAACACCUAAAAGUCAAGGAAAGAGGCCAUUUUUAGAUAAUAAUUACGGUAAAACAUCUAGACUAAAUAAAACAAAAAUAGGGUGUAUUAUAUCAACUGAGAUCAGUGGAUUACGCAUUUUUGAACUAAUAUUUUAAUAUAUUAAAUGUGUUUGCAAUAUACAUUGUACAUAUAUUGUUCUUUUUAUUUUUUGUAGUUUCGUCCACAUAUGUUAAAAUCAUUCUUUUUGCCGAGGAAUUAUUUAUUGAACUCGGGAUCGGCAUAAUAUUUGGAGUAAUAAUGAUGUUUGUACCAUCUAAUGCAUGGACAAAAUUGUCUAGUAUACUGAAAAAACGGAAAAAUGAUAAUCCACAUAUCAACAAAAAUCAAGUAAAUAUUAACUAUAUUAUAUUUACUUAGUAUAUAGGAAAAAGCUGUAUUUAUGUAUUUUAUUUUAUUUUAUUGUAACAAUCAACUAAAUAUAUUUAAAUAACACAAAUAGGAACAAUAGUUUCUUACAAUAAAUAUCUAUUUCCUUUAAAACCCUUUGCGGUAUUGUGGUAUAGUGAAACCACCUAUUAUUUUAUUUUUUUUUUAUGUUAUUAUGUUUCAAAAAAAAAUUAAUGUACGCCUCAAAGGGUUAAUUCAUCUUGUUUUGAUGAUAGUAAACUAUUUAAAUUUAUAGCUACAAAAUAAAUUAUAAAUGUUAUAAAAUAUAAGAUAACCAGCUGAAUUACAGUAUAUUAACCCGGUUUCAUCUGUGUGUAGUAUUUUUAUGUUAAGUACCUACAACUUUUUUUUAUUAGUUUUUAUAUUACAGUUAUAGGUUGUAUUUAGAUGUCUCAUUCCGGCGUUGCCUAUGUAUUGUAAUAACCAAACAAAUUUUAUAUUUUAGUAAAUUCAAAGACAAAUACUAAGAGAAAAUUCUUAUCAAAGAAAUAUUGAAAUAUAAAUAUAUAGUUGAGUUCGGUUAGGUUAGGUUGGGUGUCCCUUAUAUGAAGAAAACAUUUUUCUUAGAAAAUGGACACGCAUACUUUUUAAUUUUUUUCCUUUUGAUUUAUAACAAUUGUGAAUGAAAUAUUUUCUCUCUGGGAUAACGUUAAUUCGUGCCGAAUUCUCUUCAUAAUUGAUACAUAUAAAUUCUAGUGAUUCUGUUAAAAUAAGUCUUUUUCUUAAGACACCACUUGAAAUGUUUACCAGGUAUUUGUGAAGAAAUGAUGAAGAUCUGUAGAAAAUAUGAAAAUACAUAAAUUAAUUGGAUACUAUUUUAUUUCAGAACAUUAUAUUUUAUACAAAAUAAUUUUUAAUUUUUUUUUUGAAAAAAUGAACAUUUAAUAAUAGAUUAUUACAAUUAUUACUUCUCUUUGAAUUCUCUUUUUUAUAAUCUAGAUAUAAUUUUCGAUGUUCAUCAACACAUUAUAACACGAACUGUUUUGUUCUUCAUCAGCUGUGAGUAGACCGUGAAAAUCCUGUAAUAAUUUCACAGCUCUCUCUGCUGUAUCGUUCACUGCUUUUAGACAUGAAACUACUUCUUUUGCUUCAGUAAAAUCUUGAUUUGUCUUCCAUGAACAUAAAGGUGCCUCAAUUAAUUUGUCAUUGAGUUCUAGGUGACUGAACAAAUUCUUACUCUUAGAAGAUACAAAGUUAUCUAGUUUCUUCACUAUAAAAAAAAAAAAAAACGAAAACAAUUAAAUUAAAUUAGUGAAAUAAUACUUAUUUAUAGUACUAAAGUGGUAUCAUUUGUCAGAGAGGCUCCCAUUUGAAAUAAUAAAUUUGAAUCAUAUAGAUCCAUUCAUUAAAUUUACUCGAGGGAAUUAGUGCUUAUAGAUAACUUAAAAAAAUAACUAUUUCCUGUCAAAAACUGUAGCACCGUUGAAAUAAUAAGAAGUUUAAAACCUUUCAUAUCACGAAAAUUAUCCGUGAUGAUAAUUGAAGAAAAAUCGAUAAAAGCUGAAUUUUCAAUAUUUCACCCGGCCCGGCCACUUGCUUUUUAGGGAUAAAUAAAAAACUAAUGGUCCGCAAAAUUUGGAAAUGAGUCAUGAUAUUAAAUAUGUAGUUGUUUUAUAUGUCCAGACUGGUGAACUGGUAUAAAGAGAAAAUAAUUUAAAAAACAAACGUUUUAGAACGUUUUUACAAGAAUUUUAACAAACUUUAAUAAGAAUUUAUCAUACAAUAGACCAGUAAGUUCUUGAAUAGAUGGGAUAUAUCUUCUCCCAGACGUUACUGGCAUUUCUCUACGGAGAUUUUCAACCAUUCGUGCUUUUAUAGACUGCGACUUUAUCUGUGAAAUACCAUAGAUGUUGGCAAAAUUUCUUUAUAGCUGUUUUUGAUAUUAUUUCAUCUACAGUCUUGUUCGCAUUGAGAGUUUUUAGGAAGUCUAAAUCUUGCUGAGAAGCUUUUAUUGCAGUUGUGGGUUGCAACCAUGGCUUAAUGUAACAUAUCACAAUAAAACUACACACAUCCAGUAGAACUAAUUUGUCUUUUGGGGGCAGAUUAAACUGUGCUCUAAGUAAAGUAAUUUUCAAGGAAUACAGUGCUCUUGUCAUCCAAUGUGAUUGAUGCAUUGGGUUAAGUGGACUUAUUUUCAAUUUUUUAUUUUAAUCUCCUCCUAAUAAUAUAAUAGACAGCUCUACUAAUUCACGAUAAUCAUGUCUCAGAUCGUUCUUUGAAAUUCCAGCUCGAUAAAAUACGACUAUGAGAUAGCCAGUAGUCACAUACGUCUUGCAACACCUAAGUAAUUUUAUCGUACGAAAAUACGAUAAGAGAAAAAAGUAUGAUUUUAAGUUUUAAGACGUAUGUUAUCGACUAAUUGGCAGUUGUGACAUCAAGAUAAAUCUAUUUAUAGUUUUGUUGAAAAUUAGAUUUUAUAACGAUAUAAGAUUAGUAAAAGUUUGAUGAUAUUAACUUUAUUUCAAUAAAAUAUUUUUAUGUACGAUAGUUUUAGACCAAACAGAAAAAAUUAGAGAGUAUUGGUUUAAAAAAAUUGUAGUUUGAAAAUAAGGGAAACCCUUGUACAUUGUAUACUUUAACCCUAUAUUAAUAUAAUAUAUUUGUUUAUUGGAAAAAAUGUUUUUGAUUCGUUUUACGUUUUAUUAUUAUUGUUAUUGAGAGGCAUGACUGCACAGAAAUGGCGUUGAAAUUAAAUUUAAAAAUUAAUUAAAUAAAUUUCAAAUUGUUGAUAACAAUUUUUUUUACAUAAUAUUACAACGAAAAACACAUCUAUAGUAAUUUAGAUAACUAGUUAUCAACGAUUGAAUCUGUUAAAUUGUUUUUAUAUAUAUUUAAACAUAUCCUUGUAAAACUUGCCUUUACUGUAAUAAUAGUGUUUUUAUCGCAGUUUUGUUUAGACCAUGGCUUAAUUAUACAACGUUAUUGCAAUAGUAUCCCCACUAUAGCGUUUUAUCACGUUAAGAGAUUAAAAUUAAACCAAAAUGGCAAUGUAAGGAGCAAUGUUCUGAUUGGCUGUGUAUUAUAAGAAUCGGCAUAAAUAUUAUACUUAUACAUUAUAUAUUUAAUUGAUAAAAGACUGUACUUUUACGCUGCCAUUUUAUUUUUUAUUUUUUGAUUUCAGUAUAGGCUAUGUGGAAUAACCUUGUAUAAUUAAGUAGUGAUCUAAAUCACUUCACACCAAUAAAUUAUUGGUAUAAAUGGUGUGAUGCAUAAUAAAUUAUGCGUAUAGUUUGUAUAGAUAUACAAUCCCGUAGUUUAUAAAUGCAAUACGUCAUAGAGUGCAUAAACCCAAUAAUAUUAUUUACAUGUAAGUACUAUUUCGUGUUAUCAAUAGUAAAGUCCGAGUAUAGUAUACUUGAAACUCUAUAUACUUCUUUACAUGAAAUACUACAAAGGUCACUAAUAUCAUUAUUAUCACAAAUAUAUUAUACUUUGCUAAGUUGUUGUUCUUAUUAAUCGGGAAAUUUAUAAAAAAAAAUUGUAUAGUUAAUUAGCAGUUUGCUGCUAUAUAUAAAUAAAAAAGACCAAAACUUUUUUAAGUUCUCGUGUUGCUUUUAAAAAAAUACGAAAAAGUAGAAACUUAUUAUCGACAUAUUAUGUUAUGGAACUUAUAAUUAAUUCAUUUAUUUGUAUACUAUUGUAUACUAUUGGUGUACAAAUAAACAAAUUGUGACUCAAAAUGCUAGCUUGAAGUACACCAUAAUUAAUUAUCAUUCCUUUACCUGUGAUCUCAUUAAUUUUAACUUUUUUAUUUUUUACAAAUAACUUUUAAACUAGUUAUAACUAGAGUUUUUGAUACCAAAGUUAGGUAAAAUAUCAAGAAAUUUGACAUGGUAGACCAUGUCAAAAGCCUUAGCUAAAUCAAUAAUAAUUGCUGUUAACUUUUUACUGAUACUUCGUCAGAGCCUGCAGUAUUAAUAGUAUUAUUUUUAAUGUCUUAUAAUUUUAAGUACCUUACUUGUUUGUAUUAAGUUUUUCCACAAACAAAUGUUUUAAAAAUAUAAGUUUAGACAUAUUGUAAGUUUUAAUGUUAAGUUGUAGAUACAAGAAUACUAUUGAUAUUAGGUAGGCAGUGAAAAACUUAUUUAGCAUAUUCACAUUGGGUCUUUUACGGUAUUUAUAUUUUGAUUAUUAACAGCUAUGAAUUUGAUUUUAUCAUAGUCUAUAUUUUUGGAGAUGACUAUACUUAUACAUCUCUGAUUAAUUUGCAUGUUAAUUUAGGAUUAUAAAAGAGAAAAAACAUCUUUAAAUUAUUUAUAUUACAUAAAAAAUAUAAAUAAUACAUACUAAUGAAUAAUAAUUCCUAUGUAUUCAAAUUUAUUUCCUUGAAUACUUACAAAAUGUAUUUUAAUUUUAAUUAUUUUAUUGAUUUAGACAUAUUUUGAUGGAUAGAAUUUUGUGUGUUUGAUAAAUAUAAUUUUAUUGUUUUAAUCGUAAUAUCUAUAAAUCGUAACAAUUAAUUUUUAUUUUGUUUAGAAUAUUGUAUCGCUAUUAUCAAUAAUAAGAGCAAUUCUAUUAUGCUUUGUUGGACUUCUUAUUGGGUUAUACAAGUGGUAUACUGAUUUACCCAUAACUUACUCUUUAGGAUGUGCCAUAUCAACAAUUUUAGCAAGCACUAGCUGGAAAUGUAAAAACCAGAAUAAUAUAAACCCAACAAUAUCAUCAUCUAAAGGCAUUAAUAAUCAAGCGCAACAUGAAAUUAAUGCAAUUUCAAAAAUAUUCGAGUUUAUAUGGAAUGUUCUCCAUCCUUUAAUAUUCGUGUUAAUUGGAUACGAUUUAAGCUAUACUAUUUACAGUAUAAACACAGCCAUGGUAUUAACUGGAAUAAUCAUAUUCAUGGUUGUCAUAAUUGUAAGUAUUUCUUUUUUAUAGCAAUUAAAAACUACUAAUAAUAUUAAUAUAAAACAUUUUAAUUAAUUGUUUUUGAAUGUUGAGCUAUUUUCUCAUCUGGUGUUUUUAAUCAUUUUUUUUUUAAAUUUCGUUUUCUAAUCUUCUUUUUGAUGUUAAGUAAUACCUACAAUGACUAUCGUUUAACUAUGAAGUACCUACGGCCUACCUAGUAAAAAUAUAUCAUUAAUAUGAUAAUGUAAUAUGAAAUAGGUAAGUACUUAUAUCAGUUAUAUCACAUAAUAUAUUAUAUACAAGUAUACAGAAUGUCCCAUAAAAAUAUACCCUUUGUGAUAAUUUGGAAAGUUAUACUUAUAUUUUUCUUUUGAAAAUUUAAGAAACAAGCAGCUUUAAUAUGUUAAAUUUUCAUUAUUUUAUUAUUUUUUGUUAGGCACCUUUAUUUUUAGGAGCAAACUACUACCCAUUUUUAAAUUUAAAACAGCAACCUAUAUUAAAAUUCCAUAAAUAAAUGACGUUUUAGUUAAAAUAAAUUUUGAAAGUUUUAAUUUUUGUCGACCCGUUAAUGAGAUAUUCCAAUUUUAAGUAUAGGUAGGAGCAAUAUUAAAAUACUAUGUGCCACGUCACAACAUAAAUGAUGCUCCAUUACUGUAUACCUACUCAAACUUAAAAUUGGAAUAUCUUGUAAAUUAAUUGAUAGUUUUUAAAUAUGUUAAUAUCAAUAUUUAUUUUAGGUAAAUUGUAAUACAUUUGUAUUAUUUUUAAUAUAGGUUGCUAUUUUAAAAUCAAAUGGAUAGUGGUUUUACUCUAAAAAAUAAGAUGACAAAAAAUAUCGGAGUUAUAAUAUUUUAGAAUUACUUAUUUCAAAAAUUGUCAAAAAAAAUCUCUGAAAAAAGUUAACACUUUUCGAGAUAUCACAAUGGGCAUAUCGUCAUAGGACACUUUUCCGUAUGAUUUUAAAAUAAUUAAGCAUCGUAAAAUUUAGUACGUACUAAUUAGUAGCCAGUAUACUAGUGGCGUGUUCAACUUAUUGAUGAGGAACAAAAAUAUAUACAAUUCAUCACCCCCACUUGUCCAUCCAAACAAAAAUUAAAAAUUUACAAAAUAUGUGUAUAUUUGUAAAGAUUUUUAUAAUCGAAUGUACCUACUUUUAUUUUAAUUAGUUAAUUGAUUACACUCGUUAUCUUGUAUCUUGGUUUAUGUUAUAGUGUAUGCAGAUUUAAUAAUGUAUAAAAUAUUGUUGGCAGCGGGGAGGUCAACGUUCUAUACAAUUAUUAUGAUAAUUAAUAUUAUGAGGGUAUAAAUCAAUCGCGGUCGUUGAGCAAAUUUCUAGAAAUAAACCUGCUUACCUGUAUUCUUCUAACAAUGCAUUGGAUUCGAUCUGCAUGGACAGACUGAUGUUUUCGGUGUACUAAUUUACUACUAAGUACUAAAUUUUUGAACUAUAAUUAACAGGUUUUAUGCUGUAGAGUGUAGAACUACGUAUGUUACUUAAGUAAGCCACAUAUUCGUAUACGUAGUAUAUUUCUAUUGUCUAUGAUAUACCUAGUCUCCAAUGUGGCUAUUUUGUGGUAGGGGACCACCUUCCCCACUAAACAUUUUGAAGAAGCAAUUGCUUCAAAAUAGUAUCCUCGCUACGCCACUGGUAUAAACUAACUCAUCGUGAUUAUAAAGUCCAAAUGUCCAGCAUAUAAGUAACAACGGAUUUAAACUUUAAUAUUUUAUCUAAGUAAAAAAAAAUUCAUAUUUUCAGAUUCGUAUAAUAACCGCAACAUGUUCAGUUUGGGGUACAGGAUUCAAUUACAAUGAAAUUAUAUUUAUCAAUAUGGCUUGGAUCGUUAAUUCUUCUAUUAUGGUAUUGUAAAUUAUUUUCUUUCAAAUUUCAAUAAUUAGAAUAAAAUUAAAUAUUGGCUAUGUUCAGAAAUGUCUAAUAUAUUCACCAUAACAUUUGACUAUGUAUGCAAGUUGAACGAAACUAUUUCUAAAAUCGAGGUUUUAUUAAAAUCAGGAAUUAAAAAGAGCUGAUACUGGGGACGUGUGCAACCACUGUUUUAUUAAUAGUUGGCAGUGGGAAAGAUGGGAUACAUACAGUUAUUUAUAUUAUACUUUUAAUCAACGAUAAAUCAUAUUUUAAACGCUAUUACCGCGGGAUGACACUCAUACAAAUUAAAAACCGGCCGUACAAAUUGAUACUAUCAUAAGCGUCAUUUUCGCGGAAUGAGGCUCGCACAAUUCGUAAAAACGGUGUUAUGAAUUCAUAAAAAUUGAAUACUAAUAAAUAUAGCGUAGUCAAACUCAAUUAUACUUAGUUUUUAAAUAUGAGUGAGGCUGAAAUUACAUAACCCUGGCCCUACCAGAUGUUUUUUUUGCAAUAACGUGAAAAUCAAGGUCAUACAAAUUUUGAAAACUGGCAUACCAAUUUAUACAAACUACAUACUAAAUAUCUAUACAGACAUUUUUUCGAAAUUCCAAAUGGGUGGAGCCGGAGUGAUGUAGGCCUUUACUACGCUCGAAAUAUAAAACAUGAGAUUGGAGUUUGUAUUAUUUGUUGACAUUUAAUGUUCCAUAUUGUGUAAUUUAAUUAGAUGAUUAUCUAAUCAGGUAUUAAUAUUAUCACUCGAUAUCUUUGAUUUUCAAUUUACGUAACAUUUUGUGAACAUUGAAUUUACCUAUUGUUUGUAUUAUAAAAGUAUAUAUAGUAAAAACAUUUUUUUUUUUUAUAUUAUUUAAUACAAUGUAUGGCUUUUUAUGUGUAGACGUGUUUUACAACUACCUCACAUUUGUUUGGUCAAACUCCACUUGAAGAUUUCUACAAUCAAAUUGUUUUGAUCAUUGGAAUAUUUUUACUACUUAGAGUCUUCUUAGGGUCAUUCGUCAUACAUAAAUUUGGUCCAAUUUUGUUGACCAAUACCGUACAAUAUGGACAUUGAAUAAGUAUAUGCAAUACUACGAAAAUUACAGAAUUUAUUAUAGUAAUAAUAUGUUUUAUUUUUUAGAUAAUUCUGUAUAAUUUUCAUAUAUGUAGGUGUAAAUAAUUUAUAUUUUUCAUAAUAAAAUGUUAGUUAUGAAUAAGUGGU